UUCAUUUAAUUCCAGAAAGUCUUAUUUGUCUUCUUCAUUACAUUAUUUUAAAUUUCAAUUUUGUAUUCUUACCGGUACUGUGUUUAAUUAUAAGAUGAAAAAAAGGAGAUUUUAAUUUAAUUAAUUACAUACAGUUCGCGAUAUUAGUGUUAAGAGCAUAUAAAUAUAUAAAUAGCGCAGUGUAAUUUUAAAAUAACACAAUGCAUAUUUUGGCAACGUUAUGUUUCCUAUUUUUACCAUAUUUUGUGGCUCUUGAGGAAAAUGCAGUUUAUGAAUAUAACCCAAAUAACUUUAAACAACAAAUUGAAGAAAUGGAUGGGAAUUUCGUCAUGUUCUAUGCUCCUUGGUGUCGACAUUGUACAAUUUUCCAUCCGAUAUGGAACGAAUUGGCCGAACUUGUAAAUACAAAGGGAUCAAAAUUUGCAAUUGCUCAAGUAGAUUGCACAUUGCAUCCCAGAUUAUGUCAUGAAAAUGAUAUAACAGGAUAUCCAACACUUUUAUAUUUUCAUAAAAAUACAUUUACACCAGUUGAAUAUAAAGGCACAAGAGAUCUACCGUCACUGACAUUGUUUUUAAGUGAAGCCUUUACUAUGAAAUCAGAUAGUCCAGAAAAUGUGAAGGAGUCAAGUGAAGUAAAAAUAUACAGUGGUAUGGCAUACUUCACAGAUCAAAAUAUAGAGAAGUUUGUAUCUAAGGGGCAACACUUCAUUAUGUUUUAUGCACCAUGGUGUAAAGCUUCACAGAAAGUAGCACCAAUAUGGGCAGAACUGGCUGUGGAAUAUGCUCACAAUGAGUAUAUUCAAAUAGGAAAGGUGAACUGCAUGGACAAUGAUAUAACAUGCAAGAACUUUGAUAUCAAAGAGUUUCCACACCUUCUGUGGAUUGUUAAUGGUAGAAUUAUGGGUAUAGCUGAUGUGGGUGAAUUGGAUGACCUUAAAAUGUAUGUAGAAAAGAUGUUACUGGCUGAAAAUCAUGACCCAGAGAAAUUUAUGAAGAAAAAGAAGGCACUGCCUGUUGCAAGGAUAUCAGAGGAGACAUUUGAAACAUUCCUUGAGAAGGAUUUAGUGUUUGUCAACUUUUUUGCACCUUGGUGUGCACAUUGUAUGCAAUUAAGCCCUCUAUGGCUGAAGCUCGGAGAAAAAUUCCAAAAUGAAAGUCGCGUUUUGAUUGCCGACGUGGAUUGUGUGCGAUCAAAACCUAUUUGUGAAACAGAAAAGAUUAAUGGGCUUCCAACUCUAAUACUGUAUAAACAUAAAAAGAUAGUAAGUAUUGAAUAUGGCGGCCGACCACUCGAAAGUUUAAUCACACUAGUCAACGAACAUCUACAGAGCGCGGAGGAUGCACCGGCCUCGGAUACAAUCAGUAACGAGGAAAACAAGUCACAGACAACCAAAGAUGAACUAUAGAUUAAAAAAAAUGA